AUGCAACUCCAGGACGAAUAUCAACGAGAUAAAAACUCAAUAACACAUAGUCCUUAUUAUGGUUGUACUGUACGAGUUGUUUCAAAAGCUAAAGUAUCUUAUGAAGGAAUACUAGAUGGUAUAAGUUCAAAUAAAGAUCG